AUGGCGGCCGGCACGUCCGGCCGGCACGUCCAGGGGAUAUUGCGGGGGUUUGAUCCCUUCAUGAACCUCGUCAUCGAUGAGUGCGUGGAGAUGGCGCCGGGAGGACAGCAGAACAACAUCGGCAUGGUGGUAAUACGAGGAAACAGCAUCAUCAUGCUGGAAGCCUUGGAACGAGUAUAG